AUGCGCACUGCCAAAAAACUCGAUGGGAUCACAUGGUGGACCAAGAGCCUACGAACACAACGGCAAAAAUGCCGUGCCUUACGACGCAAGAUCAACAAAGUCAUAGGAGAUGAAGAAAAGGCACAUUAUCUAGCCCUCUACAGAAUGGAGAGAGCAUCUUACAAAAGAAAUAUCCUUACCGCUAAAACUACCAGCUGGAAACGCUUCUGCACCACAAAUGCAAACCCCUUUGGCAUCCUGCACAAAAUCUGCACCAAUAAAGUCUUUCGCCCACAUCAACUUCAUCUUCAACAAGCCGCAGGCUCACAGGACAAUAACCUUACAUCCGCCACGGCCACCAUCACGAUGGACGCGAUCUUUCCUCCCGAUGAUCCAACCACAGACACAGCUGAACAACGCAGCAUCAGACAGGACACCACCUGCCCUGACACGGCAAAUGACAUGGACUUCAGCAUGCAAGAAAUCUCAGAAAUCUUUAGAAUCCUCUCAACAAAGAAAGCGCCAGGGCCUGACGGCCUGGACUACAAUAUUCUCAAAACAGCUUUCGCCGCACAACCUGCCUUCUUCUUGCAUCUAUUCAAUGGCCUAUUUAAACUUCAAAUCUUUCCAACUGCCUUUAAAACAGGUCAUGUUGUCUUUUUUGCCAAAAAGAAUAAAGACCCACAAGACCCCCGUUCCUUAAGACCGAUAUGCCUGCUCCCAGCCAUGGGCAAAAUUUAUGAAAAAUUGUUAGUCCAGCACCCACAGCAACAGGAAACAACAACUUCACACUGCCUUCAUCUCUCUCGAUCUGCGCAGCGCCUUUGA